AUGACCGCCAUGGCUGCCACCAAGCAGAAGAUGCUGAAGAAGAUCCGCGCUAAGAAGAACAGCUGGGUCAUGCUCUCGCCCGCCGAGGGCUUCACCCUGCUCCCCGGCGAGCAGCGCCUGUAUACCUCGCCGCCGCGCACCGCCCUGUCGCUGCAGUCGCUCAACAAGUACCCGGGCAAGGAGCCCUUCAACAUCACAAGCAGUGCUGGCUGCGUCCAUCUCACCAGUCGCCGCAUCGUCUACCUGCCCGCCUCGCCUUCCGACACGCUGCAGUCCUUCGCCGCCCCCAUCCUCAACCUCCACGACACCCACGUCAAUGCGCCCUUCUUCGGCCCCAACGUCUGGACCGCCAUCGUUCAGCCCGUGCCCGGCGGCAAUAUCCCCGCCCAGCACGCCGCCCUCGAGCUGAAGCUCACCUUCAAGGAUGGCGGCGCAUACGACUUCAGCCAAAGCUACGAGCGCAUCAAGGAGCGCACCCAGCAGGCCAUCGAGAUCGCCCGCGAGACGGGCAACUACCACGGCUCCAUCGACGGCUCGGACAACGGCAGCCUUCGCACCGGCGGCCCGCUCUCCGGCGUCGACCUGAACACGGUGCACCUCGAGCAGCUCCCGGCCUACGAGCCCCCGCCGCCCGCCGACGCCGAACCGGCCACUCCGGAUACUUCGAGGGAUAGCGGGCUAGGCAUGAGCACUCCGGAAGGCGCACCGGCGCCGAAGCCGCAAGACAACUACGAGCCGCCCUCGGAGCCGCCGCCAGGUUACGAGGAGGUGCAGAGCCAGAGUGUCGCGGACGAGCUGGAAAGGAGACUAAGAGGGCCGCAGUCGUAA